AUGACAAUCCGCACGCAUGAGAGGAGAUAUUUCGAAUGCAAUGAUCGAUCCGCGUGCGUAAUAGGAAUUAGAAGUUCGACUCAAACCUCUACAUGCAUGCCACACAACGAAAUUCAAACUUCCAACUUCCAAGUCCGAAACCACAGCAAGAAGAAGAAGAAGAAGAAGAAGAAGAAGAAGAAGAAGAAGAAGAAGAAGAAGAAGAAGAAGAAGAAGAAGAAGAAGAAGAAGAAGAAGAAGAAGAAGAAGAAGAAGAAGAAUAACAAGAAGCAGCAACAAACAGCUAAACACGAAAUGCGAAAACCAAAACGUAAACUCAAAUAA